AUGAGUUUCAAAGGCAACGGAGGCUCUUCAACUGUGGUGCUGGAGCCAGUAGAGCUUCAACCUGUGCAGCUGAAGAACGUGUCUGAUUCGAAACGCCCCUCGCUCUCUGGACGCAGCCUGGCCUCGGCAAGCAAGACCGAUGAUGAAGACCGCAAUGAGACGCUACCCUCACCCACGACCGCGCCCGAGGAGCAAGCAGAAAGAUGGAAUUUCCCGCGGGUGAAUAUCUGGAAAGUUAGUUGCACGUUCUGGGCAAUGGUGAUCAUGGGUCUCAACGAUGCCACAUAUGGAGCCAUCAUCCCAUAUCUGCAACCUUUCUACGGUCUUGGCUACACGAUUGUAUCUUUGGUGUUCCUGUCACCUUUCGUCGGCUACACGCUUUCUGCGAUCUUGAACAACACUAUCCAUCUCCGAUUUGGUCAGCGCGGCGUAGCAUUCAUUGGACCGUUUUGCCAUCUUCUGGCUUAUAUCAUUAAUGCUCUGCAUCCUCCCUUCCCCGUUCUGGUGAUCUCUUUCAUCCUGGCUGGCUUCGGUAACGGAAUUCUAGACGCAGGCUGGAACGCCUGGAUCGGAGCAAUGGCAAAUGCAAAUGAAGUGCUAGGCUUACUGCAUGCUUUCUACGGCCUCGGCGCCACGAUUGCACCUCUGAUUGCCACUGCAAUGAUCACAAAGGCCAAUCUGCCAUGGUACUAUUGGUAUUAUUGCAUGAUCGGAUUCGCGGCCAUAGAACUUGUUGCAUCUGUUCAUGCUUUCUGGCACGAGACCGGAGCCAAAUUCCGCGAACGCCACGCGCGUACUUCCGAUGCGAAAGGCUCAAGACUACGUGAGGCGAUAGGGAAGAUGCCUGCUGCAAGAGUCACCUGGCUUUGCUCGAUGUUCUUUCUCGGCUAUGUCGGCGUUGAAGUAGCGCUCGGAGGCUGGAUUGUCGAAUUCAUGAUCAGGGUUCGUGACGCAGCAGAGUUCGCAGCAGGAAUGAGCGCAACUGGAUUUUGGCUUGGUAUGACUGUUGGCAGAGUUGUUCUUGGCUUCAUCACACCUCGAAUCGGUGAGAAGCUGGCAAUCAUGAUCUAUCUCCCCAUCGCCAUCGGCCUCCAGCUCCUGUUCUGGCUCGUCCCACAGUUCUACGUCUCCACAGUUGCCGUUGCACUUCAAGGCUUCUUUCUCGGCCCCUGCUUUCCAGCCGGUGUAGUCGCAUGCACGAAGCUGCUCCCAAAACAUUUGCACGUCAGCGCCAUUGGAUUCGCUGCGGCUUUUGGCGGUAGUGGUGGAGCCAUAUUUCCCUAUGCUGUCGGCGCGAUUGCGCAAGCAAGAGGCGUUCAAGUCUUGCAACCCAUCAUCCUGGCACUGAUGGUGGUAAUUAUCAUUCUCUGGGCCUGUCUACCGAGGAUCAACAAGAAGAAGGACUGA